UCCCUCCCUCCCUCUCCGGUGCCCCCACCACCGCCGGGGGCAGGGCCUGGUGGCUGUGCUCCAGAUCCCCGGCCUCGCCCCACCCGCACCUCCCCUCGGGCCGGCCACCGGAUCACGUGACGGGUCGGCGGCGCCGGCGGUUGCUGUCAGCUGAUUCUUGGGGCUGGUGGAAGCGUCAGCCGCGGCGAUGGAUUUUCUCCUGGGGAACCCGUUCAGCUCUCCGGUGGGACAGCGCAUUGAGAAAGCUACAGAUGGCUCCCUGCAGAGCGAGGACUGGGCCCUCAACAUGGAGAUCUGUGACAUCAUCAACGAGACAGAGGAAGGCCCCAAAGAUGCUGUCCGUGCAGUCAAGAAGAGAAUCGUGGGGAAUAAGAACUUCCACGAAGUCAUGCUAGCUCUCACUGUCUUGGAAACGUGUGUUAAGAACUGUGGGCACCGCUUCCAUGUGCUGGUAGCCAGCCAGGACUUUGUGGAGAGUGUGCUAGUGAGGACCAUCCUGCCUAAGAACAACCCACCUACCAUCGUGCAUGACAAGGUGCUGAACCUCAUCCAGUCCUGGGCUGACGCGUUCCGAAGCUCGCCUGAUUUGACAGGUGUUGUUGCGGUGUACGAGGACCUGCGGAGGAAGGGCCUGGAGUUCCCCAUGACUGACCUGGACAUGCUGUCACCCAUCCACACGCCCCAGAGGACUGUGUUCAAUUCAGAGACACCAUCAGGACAGAACUCUGUGGGCACUGACGUCAGUCAGCGAGGAGACGUGAGCCAGCAUGCCACCCAUGCCACCCCUCUGCCAACUCCAGCUGCUCUUCCUGGUGAUUCACCCAUUAUGCCAACCCCUGAGCAGAUCGGGAAGCUGCGCAGUGAGCUGGAGAUGGUGAAUGGGAAUGUGCGGGUGAUGUCAGAGAUGCUGACAGAGCUGGUGCCCACCCAAGUGGAGCCCGCAGACCUAGAGCUGCUGCAGGAGCUCAACCGCACCUGCCGUGCUAUGCAGCAGCGGGUCCUAGAGCUCAUCCCACGAAUUUCCAAUGAACAGCUGACAGAGGAGCUACUCAUGGUCAACGACAACCUCAACAAUGUGUUUCUGCGCCAUGAACGGUUUGAACGGUUCCGAACAGGACAGACUGCCAGGGCUCCCAGUGAAGCUGAGCCAGCCGCUGACCUGAUUGACAUGGGCCCUGAGCCUGCAGCCACUAACAACCUCUCGUCCCAGCUGGCAGGAAUGAACCUGGGCUCCAACAGUGUGAAAGCUGGCCUACAGUCUCUGGAGACCUCAGGCCGCCUGGAAGAUGACUUUGACAUGUUUGCUCUAACUCGGGGCAGCUCGCUGGCUGACCAACGCAAAGAGGUCAAAUACGAAGCUCCCCAAGCCACAGAUGGCCUGGUUGGAGCCCUGGAUGCUCGACAGCAGAGCACUGGAGCGAUCCCCGCCACCCAGGCCCGAUUCAUGGAGGACAUUGAGCAGUGGCUGUCCACGGAUGUGGGGAGCAAUGCUGAUGAGCCCUCGGGUGUCACCAGUGAAGAAUUUGACAAGUUCCUGGAAGAACGGGCCAAAGCUGCCGAUCGAUUGCCCAACCUGGCCAGCCCCUCAACCGAGGGACCCCCGGGACUCUCUCCUGGCACAGCUCCUCGGAGGAAGACCCAGGAAAAGGAUGAUGACAUGCUGUUUGCCUUAUAAGUGCAGGGUCUGGCACCCUGUAGCCCAGGGCCCCAUGUUCCCACAACCCCUGGGGCCCCUCCCUCCCUUGGUGUUAAGGCUGCUUGGGAGUGCUCAUUACCCCCUUCUCUCCUCCUGGGAGGCAGCAGGAUGAAUUGAGAGAGUAGGUCAUCUCUCCACUGGGGACCUGACCAUUCCUGCCUCUCUCUCCAUCCUGCUAACCACCAUGACUCAGCUGAGACCUGGGGUCCCCAGACAGCUGAGCUGAUGUGACCUGGUUGACCUAGUAUGAUUCUUCUGGACCCUUCCCAGAGGAGCCCCUCAGAACCCACAUUGCCAGGUUAGGUGAAAGGGGACAUUGCCCAUCCUCUGCCUCUGCAGAGUUGGGCCUGAAGGCUUUGGCUAGCUGUCAGGGUAGGCUGUGAUGGUCCCUGCUGAGCUGCCCACUGUCGAGGUACGAAGCUGCACCCAGUUAGGUAAAACCUCACAAGCCAAGAUGAGACCUCGGGGUUCCAGGCACCUGGAGCCCCACAGUCCUUCCACUGCCUUUCCCCCAUCCUGGCUCUAUUCCUCUGCCAGGGCUCUACCACAUGGGGCUCACCUGUUGAUCGAUCCUCUGGUACAGGGAGAGGUGCCUUUUGUAUCCCCAAAUAAAAGCAGAAAACUCUGUCA